AUGUCCCCAUCGCCAAUGCCCAUCCGCCGCCUGCCACGAACACGCAUCCGACAGGCGUGCCAGGCAUGCCGCAGACGGCGGCGGAAAUGUGACGGCUUGUGGCCCUGCCGUCUCUGCAAAGCCCAUGGCUACACUUGUGUCUUCGAACCCCGCGGGUCGGCGGACAAGGCGAAGGUGACUGGUCCUCCGUCAGCUGUUGUGGUGAGCGACGACCAUCCGCCUCCUCAUGCGUCGGACCAGUCCCCCGAGGACGUCGAGGCGGGUGACGCAGAAGUCUCCGCUCGUUUCAGCAGCAGAAGCAUUGCAGAACUUCCGCAGAGCCAAGUCCAUGGUCAGCCGGGAUCGUCGAAAGAGCAGAAGCCUCCAGUCAUUGAUCUCGUCAAGGGCAGAUACUGCGAUGCCAGCGGUAGUUGCGUCUUCCCGCUGUUCGUUAGCCAAUCCAUCCAGUCUCGAGUGGCUCUCCGGCCUCACGCAUAUGGGUGGAAUAUCAACACACGACUGGAACCAUCGCCGCCGUCUGUGUCGUCGAUUCGGCGCUUUCUGGCCUAUCAGGAAGUCGCUCUCUACAGCCAGUGCUUCUUUGAAGCCGUGGGUCGGAGUUAUUGUUUUGUCGACGCGGGCUCUUUCCACCAACGGACUCUCCAAUACUGGACAGAUGACUCUGCCAUCAGUCACGGUCUGGAAGCCAUGAUUUGCGGUGUCCUGAUACUGGGAUCUCUGUUCUCUGCGACAGGCAUAAUGGCCGAGUCACAACUAGUGGAGCAUGCCAAACUCAUCCUGGACAACUCUAUAUCAUGUGCACUGGGUCGACUCACGUUGGACUUGGCUUGUGCCUGGGUUUUGAGGACGUUAUAUCUGCGUCUCACUACUCGGCCCAGCCUGGCCUGGUUUGCAUCCUGCACUUCAGUGCACGUUGCGGAGUCUUUGGGCCUGCAUGCUGACCUUGACAAGUUCCACGGGCGACCUGCAUCUAUUGAGGACUCUGAAAUCCGAAAGACUAGACGCAAUAUCUUGAAUUGCGCUGUGUUCUUGAACACACUCAUCUCUGCCGAAUAUGGUCGAUCUAGACUUACUCUGGAGCUCUGGCCCUCAUCGAUAGAUAAUGAGGACAAUUCUGUUCUUGUCACUCUUGCACAAGUCCUCCGGAAUCCGUCAGAUGACGACGAAGAUGUGGUAGCAACCCUUGGAUCACUCGCGGAUCUCACCUCAGAAGUACCACAUUUGGCUCUUCUGAUUGCCGAUGUUGCUCUCUUCCUGUAUCGCAAGCGAAUUCACCAGAACAAUGGACAAUUAAGCUCAUCGGGAUACAAGGCUUUACUGUCAAUAUUGGAUGGUGGCAUCGGACGGGCUAGAGAAAGUGCGGCCUCUCAACUCCCAUGGUGGAACGUACUUUCAACACCCUUCCAGACUCUACUUGUGCUGAUCCACGUCAACACUACUGAAAGCCUAGCACUUGUCCGCAAAGCCAUGGAGGCGCUCGAGAUGGUGAAUACCGCGUUUACCUCAUCCUCACUGGUCCGCGAGGCGCUUGUAGUAGCACAAUUGAUAGUGGGCACCCUACGCGAGAGGAAGCUACAGCAAGUCGACCUGCUUCCGUCCUUUGAUGCUUCUGGAGAUCCAGUAACGGGAGCUUGCAAUGGAUCUUCAGGCAUCGAUCUCAACAUAUCGCAACUCCUGAGCCCAACUGAUUGGCCGAGCAUCGAUUGGCUUCAAGAUCUUGAUCUUUCCUCACGGCAAGGCCCUACAUGA